UCCAAACCCGUUUUUGUGAGUCUGUCAGAUCAUUGCCGUCGUAUUUCUUGAAGAGUCGCACGUUGGCACGCAAACCCGGGAUGGAUGGGUUCGGUUCGAGUUGGAUGACGUUGCUAGGCAGGGGACUGAGAGCGGGGGUUUGAUGGGACGAUACGGGCUGGAAGGACGGUCGCGAUGGAUGGCUAUGGAUCCCCCGGGGCGUCCGCGAGAGCAUUGGUCGUACGAGCGCUGACGUCGUAUUUUCAGAUUAACCCUCUUCAACAGUUGUAACGAUGGGUCGCCGUCCUGCUCGCUGCUACCGCUACUGCAAGAACAAGCCCUACCCUAAGUCGCGCUACAACCGUGGUGUCCCCGACCCGAAGAUUCGUAUCUUCGAUCUCGGCCGUAAGCGCGCCUCCGUUGACGAUUUCCCGUACUGCGUCCACCUCGUCUCCGACGAGUAUGAGCAACUUUCCUCCGAGGCGCUCGAAGCCGCCCGCAUCUGCGCGAACAAAUACGUCACCAAGACCUCCGGCAAGGACUCGUUCCAUCUGCGUGUCCGUGUCCACCCCUUCCAUGUCCUGCGUAUCAACAAGAUGUUGAGCUGCGCCGGUGCUGAUCGUCUGCAAACCGGUAUGCGUGGUGCCUGGGGCAAGCCUUACGGCACUGUUGCUCGUGUCAACAUCGGCCAGAUCAUCCUUUCCAUCCGCACCAAGGAUACCAACGCCGCGGUUGUUCAUGAGGCCCUCCGCCGCGCUCGCUACAAGUUCCCUGGUCGCCAGAAGAUCAUCGUCUCCAAGAAGUGGGGCUUCACCAACGUCAACCGGGAGGAAUACCUCCGCCUCAAGAGUGAGAAGCGCGUGCUCCAGGACGGUGCCUACGUCCAGUACAUCCGCCCCAAGGGCAAGCUCGAGGACAACCUCCGCGCUCAACUGCGUGCUUGAGCGUUUGUUCCUUGGAUUUGUUAGGUGGGGUGUACGGUAGAUGGUGUACUAUGCGUUUGCGCUGUCAUGUCACUUCGGUGUAACUAGCUUAUGCUAUAUCAUGCGAUAACGAUAUGCUCGACGGCGCGCUAUACUUCCAGCAGCUUGGGUGGCCGUGUAAGUGAUAUGCAUGCCCUUUAUUCACUGCGGCGUCCUGUUCGGUGGGCGCUGGUUAGGGGAAAGAGGGCAGAGAUUAAUCAGUCCUUAUCUGUCCCGCUCGUCCUUCUUUAGUCGGAGGGGCGACGGUGCGCUCAUGCGUGUCUGUCCUUGAUCUAUGGGGCACCCGCGUAGAGAUUGAGGCCUUACAGAUUUGCACUGUAAUGUGUAUUGUUCCGUAUUUGUCUACCCGGAGACAACUUGAUGUUAUGUUUC